CGUGCAAGGAGAAGGAGAGCAAACCGAAAAACGAUGAGUCUUGAGGCUAUGUUGAGAGCCGUCGGUCCGCACUUUCUCAAUCUGUCGGAGCGGACGUUCGCAUACGGGCCCCAGGGUAAGCUGCUCCUGAGGAACCUCGAGGAGCACUGGUUCGCGCACUGCGUCACGAUGCCACACUACAACGUCUUCCCAUGCGACAUAAUCGGAGAUGCGUUGCAGCUGCUGCGAAGCAGCUCGAUGGACAACGCAUUACCGUUCGCGCUCGCCACCCUCGCAACCUCCAAGGGCGCGUGGAACGAAUCCCUGCUCGAGUCGACGGCCGGCAGGGCACAGUCUCACAGAACCGCCAAGGUCAACGUGUUCGUCGACGCGUCAGACGCAAGGAAUCUGCUGCACAAGAAGCAGCGGGAGCGCAAGGUGUGGUGGCGUAAGCUCGCCCAGUAUCCCUCGAGAUUCUCGCUCGCUGAGGCGAGGAAGACACGUGGUCUCGACGUGACGGAGAUAGAGGCAUGCUUUCCCUUCGGCAACAUCGUCGUCGAGACGAUAACUCAUUAUCCCAGUGUGCGCAAGCUAUAUCCUCAGACGGAAAAUAAUAAAGAUAAUGCCACCACGGAUAACGUGCACAUGAUCGAGCAUGUCGCCUCCCUGGACUGGGGCUGCCUGGCGUUGCUCUGUGAUAGUCGUAUGUCACAGAGUAAUGAGUCGACUACCAGAGUGUACAUUCAUCCCAGGUUAGCCCCAUACAAGGUCACGUUCCGCAUAACGAGAGAAGAGAGCGAGACCAAUUCGGACGAGACGACAGGGGACUUAAGUCGCUUUGUGCUAUACCUAAACAAUACGCUUAGAACGAAGGGAAUCCCCACGAUACUGACAAGUACAGAACAGAUCGUAGAAAUGUGCCUGGUGCCCUACAUCGUGUCGGUGGAUAGGACUAGUCUUAAGAACGGCGUUGUACACGUUGAAAAUCGCUCGACGACCCUUAGCGAGGCGGUACACAUUACCGACCUGGUAAGGUAUAUUAGUCUGCGCGCCUCUUGAAACGCCGUCUCCUUGAACAUGGCACACACAACGGACUACCUCGCGCAAUCAACCACGACGUUCAUCAAGAUAUCACUAUUAUAUAUAACUAUAUUUAAUUAUUUACUAUAUUUAUUACUGAUUACAGUUACAACGAUAUAAACUGUAAAUAUAAAUGAAAAUUCUGAUUUC